ACAAACCACGUACGGGAAGUCGGAGGGGAAAAUCAGCUGGAAUCCGCGGAAAUCAUCAACAGGACUAUAUUCCUUUACUUGGCUAGCUAUCCAUCUGUCAAUUUCUAUUCCCCCCUUCUUUCCUUUGUGCUGUCUAAACGCCACACUGGCGAUGUCGGAGUCUUACGAUUUCCUGUUUAAAUUCCUGGUGAUUGGGAAUGCCGGAACAGGCAAAUCCUGCCUGCUGCACCAGUUCAUAGAGAAGAGAUUUAAGGAUGAAUCCAACCACACCAUUGGAGUGGAGUUUGGCUCUAAGAUCAUAAAUGUGGUCAACAAAAUGGUCAAACUGCAGAUUUGGGACACUGCAGGACAAGAGAGGUUCAGAUCUGUGACCAGGAGUUACUACAGAGGAGCAGCAGGAGCCCUGCUAGUCUAUGAUAUCACCAGUCGAGAGACGUACAACGCGCUGACCACGUGGUUGAGUGAUGCCAGGAUGCUGGCCAGUCAGAACAUCGUCAUCAUCCUGUGUGGGAACAAGAAAGAUCUGGACGCCGACAGAGAGGUCACGUUCCUGGAGGCUUCGCGCUUCGCUCAGGAGAACGAGCUGAUGUUCCUGGAGACGAGCGCUCUGACAGGGGAGAACGUUGAAGAGGCCUUUGUCCAGUGUGCUCGGAAAAUCCUCAACAAGAUAGAGUCAGGGGAGCUGGAUCCAGAGAGGAUGGGCUCAGGUAUCCAAUAUGGCGACGCUGCGUUACGACAGCUUCGCUCUCCUCGCCGCGCUCAGCCACAGGGCACCCAGGAGUGUGGUUGCUAGUGGGCACGCCCAGUAACACACACACAGACAAGUGUGUUUCAGACAGGUUUGUGAAGACCAAGAGAAGAACAGCCACGGGGGGACGGUUCAGGUUGCUAUGCUGGUGACUCCUCUCUGACCUUCGACCUUCGCACGGAACCUUCAGAAUCUUUUGAACCUUCGUUGUCAUGGCUGCACCUGCAGAGAGCCUGUCAGAACUCUGAGCAUCUCCACGGUAACCAGAGACCGCCCACCCUCCAACAUUCUGCUCCACUAUUGGACCAAACCCUCCCCCAGCCCUCCAAUCAGGAUGUGAGUUGCUGACUUGUAUGUAACUUCUCUUUCUCUCUCCUACCUUCUUACUUAUCGUCUCUCACACCUGAAUCAUUUAGUUCAUUUCAGUUUUCAUCAAUGUUCCCGUCUACCUUCCUUUUAGUGUUCUCAAAAGGAAGAGUCUACAUUUUGGGAAAUUUGCUUCAUUGCCUUUUGUGUUCUAAUUGAACAAAUUAAACUAUGAGAAGUGAGCAUUGGUAGGUUUAAUUUUGGAUCAAGCCUUUUUCCCCUUCUUCCAGUCUUUAUGCUAAGCUAAGCUAAACCGCCUCCUGGACCCAGCUUGAUACUUAGACAUGAGGUGUCGACUUUCUCAUCAAACUCUUGGCAAGAAAACAAUUUCUCCAAAUUGCUGAAUAAUUCCUUUAACCACAGACAUAUUUAAAACCUUCUGUUACUACAGUACGCUUCUUUCUUCAUCCACCUGCUCUGUUUGCCUGUUUCAAACACUCACAGUCGACUGACUACCCACCCUCGUCACACUCCUUGUACUGUAUGCCUGGUUCACUCCUUUCUUACACUCUCGGCCAAAUUGCAUUUCAUCAGCUUACCUCCGCUCCUGUCCUCCUUCCCUCCCUUCACUGCAUUGUUUACACCCCAUCAUUCCCUCUGUUCCUACUCAUCUACUUACCUGUCCCCCUGUCCGUCUCUUGACGCAGCUCUCUGCCUUUCUAAAUCCCUCCCCUAUCUCCCUACAGCAUCUGACGCACUGUACAGUGUUUCUGUAUAUAGAGAUUGACGCAUGUUUUCUCAAACAGAAUAUCAGAGUAUUUCAUUAUGAAGAGAUAUGUAUAUUAAAGUAGAAAUCAUAUCCAGCAUCUGUUUCAUGCUCUGCUGUAUUAUUAUCAUGUUAAACUACAAUACACUGGCAACUUGUAAGCAGUAUAGAUGGAUAGUACUGUUUGCAGUAAUUAUGUUUCUUUGUUUGUGGGACAAGCUGAUGUGGACUACAUUAUGGACUAACACAUUUAUCUGUUUUUAUCAUUGUUCAAGCUCACUGAUUGAAAAAAACAGACAUAGGCAGCCUGAAAUAUCCUGAGCAUAGGUUUGACUUUCUGCAAUAGUUUAUUUUUAAUCAUCUGGAGUGUGAACGUUACUUUUAAUUUACAGUGGCACAUUCAGCACUCACCAUUCAGUUAAUUAUGUGACAGUGUAACACACUUCUUUAUCCAAAGGAUCCUAAUUAUGACUAACGUCUCAAAUUUAUAAAUGUUGCCUGUUUACAUGAAUACCUCACUGACCCGCUGUGGGGUAAUACUAACUGAAUGCAUUUCAAGUUUUAGCUGUGUUAUGAAACUGUUGUGUGUUUGAUUUUUAUUUGUCUCCAAAGAUACUUUAUGUCUCCUUUAAAACAACUACAUAAAGCUGACAACAAAUCACUUAAAUCUGGGAAUUGUUUGAAGGUUUAGAUUUGGAGAUGUGUUUUACAUUGGUGUAAUUAAGCAUUGUUGUUUGUAUUAACACUUUUCCCCUUAAAGAUGAUGAAUUCAACUUUUAAAACAAGCACACUUCAAAACAUUUCACAUUAGAUUUGAUCCGAUAGUGGCUUUGGCUGCUCCACGUCAGUUUGCUGUCUUGUGUUUAUGUCAUCAAGUCCUUUGUUUAUGUAUGUCCGUUUUUCUCUUGUCAUUAUGAAUAUCAUGGAUUUUUAAUUUAUUGUGUAUGAUAAAGCAUAUGUUUUUAAAAUAAAAACUAGUACAAAUAUA